AUGGCCCCGCUUGAUCCGAAUCAGAGGAAGAACGCUGAGGCCAUCGCGUUGGCGGCCGCCAUGGGUGGGCACAAGCCGGCUUCCACCAUCGCCCUGCAAGAUCGCACCUUUUCGGCAAACGGGCAACCCUUCCUCCUCGACGUGCCACUCUCCGUCGUCGCCACACCCGCCUCCUCCGUCCUGCCGGAAGACUCCUCCUACGCCGGCACCUUCGUCGGGUUUGAGGCACCCGGCGGCGCCGCGGGGAGCUGGCACGCGUUUCAACUCGGCCGCCUCCUCGGCAUUCGGUUCAUGAGCAUCUUCCGCUUCAAGGUCUGGUGGACGACCCACUGGGUAGGCAACCGCGGCGGUGACCUGGAGCAUGAGACCCAGUUCAUGAUCCUCGACAAGUCUAGCGAUGGCGCUCGUCCCUACGUUCUCCUCCUCCCCAUCAUCGAGGGGCCCUUCAGAUCAUCCCUCCAGCCCGGCGCCGACGACUACGUCGAAGUCUGCGUUGAGAGCGGGUCGACCCGUGUGACGGCGGCGAGCUUCCGCAGCUCCCUCUUCAUGCAUGCCGGCGAUGACCCCUUCGUCCUCGUCAGGGAAGCCAUGAAAGUAAUGCAGCUCCAUAUGGGCACCUUCCGCCUCCUCGAGGAGAAGACUCCUCCGCCGAUCGUCGACAAGUUCGGGUGGUGCACUUGGGACGCAUUCUACUUGAAUGUCCACCCCGAAGGGAUCUGGGAGGGAGUGAAGGGGCUAGUGGACGGCGGCUGCCCACCGGGUCUGGUUAUCAUCGACGACGGCUGGCAGUCCAUCUGCCAUGACGACGACGACCCAGCUUCUGGAUUUGAGGGCAUGAACAGGACCUCCGCGGGGGAGCAGAUGCCCUGUCGGCUCAUCCAGUUCCAGGAGAACUACAAAUUCCGUGACUACCAAUCCCCCAACGGUGGCGAAUCCUCCGGCAUGGGGGCCUUCACCAGAGACCUCAAGGCGACCUUCAAGACUGUGGAGGAUGUGUACGUGUGGCACGCCCUCUGCGGGUACUGGGGAGGGCUGCGACCCGGAACGAAGGGGCUGCCCGAGUCGAAGGUUGUGGCGCCGGUGUUGACCCCCGGGCUGAAGAUGACCAUGGAAGACCUCGCCGUUGACAAGAUCGUCAACAACGGCGUGGGGAUGGUGCCGCCUGAGAAGGCCUGGGAGAUGUACGACGGCCUGCACAGCCAUCUCGCCUCCUUGGGCAUCAGCGGCGUCAAGGUGGACGUGAUCCACGUACGUCCUCUUCUACUUUCCCUCCCCCCUCCUACUUUCUAAAUGUGGUGCAUUUCAUCGAGCAAAUGAUGGCCAUUCCAUAAAAUGCCGUUGACGUUCAGCUGCUGGAGAUGCUGUGCGAGGACUUCGGCGGUCGGGUGGAUCUCGCCAAGCCUUACUACAAGGCGCUGACCGACUCCGUCAGGAAGAACUUUAGCGGCAACGGCGUCAUCGCCAGCAUGGAACACUGCAACGACUUCAUGUUCCUGGGGACGGAGACCAUCUCCCUCGGCCGAGUGGGUAAGGAAAUCUUCUCCCCCUCCUGCUGAUCUUCUCCUUUCUUCUCUCCCGUGUAGCCAUCUGACCUGUGGGGGGCCUCGUCGCCUGCGCAGGGGACGAUUUCUGGUGCACCGACCCGUCGGGGGACCCCAACGGCGCCUUCUGGCUUCAGGGAUGCCACAUGGUGCACUGCGCGUACAACAGCUUGUGGAUGGCCAACUUCAUCCACCCCGAUUGGGACAUGUUCCAGUCCACCCAUCCCUGCGCCGAGUUCCACGCCGCCUCCCGUGCCAUCUCCGGCGGACCCAUCUACGUGAGCGACUCCGUGGGGCAGCAUGAUUUCCGGCUACUCAAGAGCUUUGUGCUCCCCGAUGGUAGCAUCCUCCGCUGCGAGCACUACGCCCUCCCCACCAGGGACUGCCUCUUCGAGGAUCCCCUCCACGACGGGAAGACCAUGCUCAAGAUCUGGAAUCUCAACAAGGUAAGCUCGCCGGAAAUUCAUCUCCACUCUCUUCCUCGCUGAAUUUGCAGUCUGCAAUGGGAAAACUUUCGUCUUCAGUGCACCGGAGUGCUGGGGGCCUUCAAUUGCCAAGGGGGAGGGUGGUGCCGCCAGUCCCGGCGGAACAAAUGCUUCGCGGAGUUCUCCGUCGCCGUCAAAGCCACCGCUCGUCCCAGAGAAAUCGAGUGGAGCAACGGAAAAUCCUCCAUUGUCGUCGACGAUGGUACAGAGCUCUUCGCCGUCUACUCCUCCAAAUCAGGGAAGCUGUCUCUGCUGAGCCUCGACGACGGCAUCGACGUGUAUCUCGAGCCAUUCGACUGCGUGCUCUUCACCGUCUCCCCCAUAAAGACCUUACCUUCUUCUUCCUCCGAGAUGCCCGGAGUCCAGUUCGCCCCUAUCGGGCUGACCAACAUGCUCAACUCCGGCGGCGCCGUCCGGUCCGUCGAGUUCGCCGCCGGUGGGUUCAAAGUAGCGGUGAGGGGCUCGGGGGAGAUGAAGGCGUUCGCGUCAGAGCAGCCAGCGACCUGCCGCAUCAAUGGGGAAGACGCGAGCUUCACCUACGCGGACGGCAUCGUCUCCAUCAAGCUUCCAUGGCCGGGCUCGUCGGAGCCGUCGGUGAUUGAUUACUUGUUUUGA